GUCUCUUUCCAGUUCAGUUAUAGGAAGGACACCAAUUUCUGUUUCUUCCUCUCCUUGAUAUCAUACAAAUAAUAGUGAUAGACAGCAUACAAUUGUUAUUAUGCUCUGGGGUGAAAGAUAGUACGUUUAAAAGGACAGCCAAUCAUGAACAAGACAAAACCGUAGUGUGUUUAUCUAGCUGGCUCAAUCUUAUGCAAACGUCUGCCUAGACCACAACACCGAGGUUACCUAGCUAGCUGGCUCCUCUUUCUUUUUUAUAUACUCUCUAGAGAAACCAGAAAAGAAGUGGUCGUUAGUGUACUGAGGCCUGACUGUGGAAGUAGUAAUGGCAGCUCGCAGGAUAUCUUCCUUGCUCUCUCGUUCUCUUUCUGCUUCUGCUUCGUUUCUUUUGUCUCGAGGAAAAAAUCCUAGCAGGGGAAGGAGCAUCUACAGGUUUAUCACUGCAAAGGCACUUGAGGAACCAAUCACUCCACCUGUUCAAAUUAGCUACACUCAGCAUUUCAUCAAUGGGAAAUUCGUUGAUGCAGCAUCUGGCAAAACCUUUCCGGCAUACGAUCCUCGUACAGGAGAAGUGAUUGCUCACGUGGCUGAAGGUGAUAAUGAAGAUGUCAACCGUGCAGUAGCUGCUGCUCGUAAAGCGUUUGAUGAGGGACCAUGGCCAAAAAUGAGUGCUUAUGAAAGGUCACUGAUAAUGUUGCGGUUCGCUGAUUUGGUUGAUAAACAUAGAGAUGAGCUUGCAGCUUUAGAGUCAUGGAAUAGUGGGAAGCCUUAUGAACAGUCUGCUAAAUCCGAGUUGCCAAGUUUCGCACGUUUAUUUCGGUAUUAUGCUGGUUGGGCAGACAAAAUCCAUGGACUAACAGUUCCUGCUGACAGUAAUCACUAUGUUCAAACAUUGCAUGAACCCAUUGGUGUUGCUGGACAGAUAAUUCCAUGGAACUUUCCUCUUAUCAUGCUUGCUUGGAAAGUUGGGCCUGCAUUAGCAUGUGGUAAUACAAUUGUUCUAAAAUCAGCAGAACAAACACCUUUGACUGCUCUCCAUGCAGCAAAGCUCUUCCAAGAGGCUGGUCUUCCUCCAGGUGUUCUGAAUGUCGUUUCUGGCUAUGGUCCAAGUGCUGGUGCAGCUCUUGCUAGCCACAUGAAUGUGGACAAGCUUGCUUUCACUGGAUCAACUGAAACUGGUAAAAUUAUACUUGAACUUGCUGCAAAAAGCAACCUUAAAUCAGUUACGUUAGAGCUGGGAGGGAAAUCACCUUUCAUUGUUUGCGAGGAUGCUGAUGUUGAUAAGGCUGUGGAGCUUGCACACCAUGCUCUGUUCUUUAAUCAGGGACAAUGUUGUUGUGCUGGUUCUCGUACAUAUGUACAUGAACGUGUGUACGAUGAGUUCAUAGAGAAAGCAAAGGCACGUGCUCUUAGACGCGUUGUUGGCGAUCCCUUCAAGAAGGGUGUUGAACAAGGUCCUCAGAUAGACUCCGAUCAAUUUGAGAAGGUCCUCAGGUAUAUAAGAUCUGGUGUUGAAAGCAACGCUACCCUUGAAUGUGGAGGUCAAAGAUUUGGCUCCAAAGGCUACUUUAUCCAGCCUACUGUUUUCUCAAAUGUUGAGGAUGAUAUGUUGAUAGCUCAGGAUGAGAUCUUUGGCCCUGUGCAGUCCAUCUUGAAGUUCAAGAAUGUUGAUGAAGUAAUACGAAGAUCAAAUAGCACUCGCUACGGUCUUGCUGCCGGAAUUUUCACCAAGAAUGUGGACACUGCCAACACCUUGUCACGAGCACUGAGAGUUGGAACUGUAUGGGUCAAUUGCUUCGAUGUCUUUGACGCCGCAAUUCCAUUCGGUGGCUAUAAAAUGAGUGGAAUAGGCAGGGAAAAGGGUAUCUACAGCCUCAAUAACUACUUGCAAGUGAAAGCAGUUGUCACUCCAUUAAAGAAUCCAGCAUGGUUGUAAGCUCGUCAAAUCCUUCCAAGAUGAUUAUGGUUUUCCUUUCCACCGGUAAAUAACUAUGUAGGGAUCGUCUGAAAUCAUGGGCUAAAGUUAAACUUUCUUAAUAAUACAAGCUUCUUUAUACUCAA